AUGCAUUACAACAAAUACAAACCCUCAACUGCAACAGCCGCACUGCUGCUUUAUCUUUUAGCGGCAGUCUACGGCCAGGACUGUAUCGCAUCUCCCACAUCGUCCUCUUGCUCAACCUACGUUUACGCCUCAACAUCAGCUCAGAACGAUUUAACCAUAAUAUGCGGUGCAGCAUCGGCAACAAUCCAUCCAGCAUGUGCUGUGUAUAAGUCGCCAUCUUCUGCUUCUUUCUCACCACAGUCUUUAUUGGCUUCUGCAUGUACAGACUCAACAUUGAAUUCAUCUGCUGGAUGUGCGGCAUACAAAUCCAUGUGUGUUAACGGGAGUGCGGUUCCGUUAUGUAAUAAUGGCAUUGUAAACGGACUGCCGGAUUCUGUCACUGCUAAUGGCCUUGUUGCGUCAAUUUGUUAUGAGAUGCCUAUGAUGAGUAAUUGCUCUGUAUGCCCUGCUCGUGAUGCUACCACUAUGAUUGCAAACUGUUAUGUUUGGAAGGUGUACAGUGAUCUGUGUUCAGAGAUGAAUAUGGCUCAAUGCGCACAACAUUCAAACUUUUGUAGUUCAAAUGGUCAACCCAGUACUUAUUGUACGCAAGUCUCACUAGUCAGCCCAAACCUCGCAUCUGGGUCUUAUUGUGCACCUGCAAACUUCUUUUGUGUCAAUGGAUGGUAUUCUGGAUCUGAUGUUGUCUUCCAAGUUGAAGCUAAUGCUACAUUCAUAUGGCUCGCUCUCGGUGUCGGAGACGGCAUGGCAGGAUCAGACGACAUGAUAUUCUGGAAAUCAUCAAACGGAUCUCUAGUAAUAAGUGACAGAUACGCUCAAGUCUCAACAGUCGAGCCAUCAACAGACAAGCAGCAGGAUAUAAGACUCGUCACUACUAGUGUAUCACUCCCACCGUUUACAAAUGCCGCUAGAUUCAUAGUCCAGUUUACUCGCAAGAGGGAUACAGGUGACUCGGCGGAUAAACCUAUAACGUCUGCUACUGCCAUGUCAUUUAUCUGGGCUGUGGGCCCAACGAGUGGUAGUAUGGGGUCGCUUGCUAAUGCGAGUAUACCCAUGCAUUCGUAUCAAGGACAGUUUAGUAUGACGGUUGCACCGGAUUUGGCCUCGCUCAAGGCCGGGUAUGGGACCGUUAAGGCUGCGAGUGGUGGUGUAAAGUGCGGUGGUGGCAUGGUGGCUAUUUCGAUGGUAGUUCUAGUAUCUAUUUGGUUGGUUUGA